UCAUAGCCUUGCACUAUACCGUGGAUCUUGAACUUUUGAACUCGUGACAUCGUAUCGAUGGCCUUCACGACAUGUGGAAUUCCUGAAUUUAAAUAAACUUGCUGAACCUCUGAUGUACUUAACAGCAGAUUUAGCUCUGAGCCCAAUUUCAUCAAGCAAACACUAAUGCUGCAGAUCAGGUAGACUGAGAGAGCUGAGUACCGUUGGUCAGUCAUGGACAAGUGUGUCCAUAUCAAGAAGCUGCGAGUGACCCAUAACCACUCCGUUUUCAACCCGCAGAAAUGGCUGUGUAAAGUGUGCGGUACGACAGAGAGCGUAUGGGCGUGCCUGAGCUGCACCAAUGUAGCCUGUGGCCGUUACAAUGAAGAGCACGCUCUCAGACACUUCCAAGAAUCCAAACACCCGCUAGCGAUAGAGGUCAAUGACAGAUAUGUUUUCUGCUACGAGUGCGACGACUACAUCCUGAAUGACAAUGCUCCGGGCGAUCUGAAACUGCUGCGGACAACGCUGGAUGCAAUCACCAAACAGACGCUGUACGAGAGUCAGACCAGGAGUGGACGCCGUCUCUUGAGGGCGCUGUCUGUCGACACUGGAGAACAGAUUAAACACAGGCGACAGGAGAGUCUGACUUGGGAGGACAAAGGUCACACGGCCCUCGUCCACCGACGCCUCGUCCUUCUGAGCUACGUCUUCCUGCCGUGGAAACAGUUCGUCCACGGCAACAAGGUCACGGGUCAGAAACCAAAGCCGGCCCGGAUACCUCAGAAACGGACCCGCAACACCAAGACUGCCAAAGAGAGGGACACGCCCUGGGCUCAAGGGGAGGCAGAGUCCGGCUCCAAGAGGAGGCGGCUGGAUGACCUGCGGACCCAGGAGGUCAAGCGGAAGUGGACAGCCUUGACACCCGGCGUGACGGGUCUUCGCAAUCUGGGAAACACCUGUUACAUGAACUCUAUCCUCCAAGUGCUUGGGCAUUUACAUCAAUUUAGGGAAUGUUUUCUACACCUGGAGCUUAACCUUCGACCUCUGACCUCCAGCCAAUCAGUGCCAGGCACCCGCAGACAGAUGGAGUAUAUGAGACAGACAACUAUUGAGUGUUUUGAGGAAGUGCAAAAACCCAAGGGUGGGAUGAGAUCAAAGGGCCGCAUCUUGCGCCAGCCGGGAACCUCCUACGGCGGUCUGAGUGGGGGCGCCGACGAAACCAUGGACCCGUCAAAAUACAAAGACCCCCGGACUGUUGGGAACAUUUUUCCUCUGUGCCACGAGCUGCAUGUCCUGUACCGCGUCAUGUGGUCAGGGAAGUGGGCCAUCGUCUCGCCCCACGCCAUCCUGAGUAGCGUCUGGCGACUCAUCCCAUCCUUCCGGGGCUACUCACAGCAGGAUGCUCAGGAGUUUUUGUGCGAGUUUCUAGACAAAAUUCACACCGAGCUGCAGUGUGUUGCCUUGUCACCCUUAGUGCGCAUAGCCAGUGGGGCAUCCGUCCCAACCAAGGACAUCAUCGGCCAGAGCUUUGAAGGUGGACUGGUUAGUCAGGUCACCUGUCUUCAGUGUCUGCAAAAGUCCAACACCUUUGAGCCGUUGGGAGACUUGUCCUUGGAGUUUCCUGAAAGAUACCAGUUCAGCGAGUGGCGGACCAGUCUCUCGGAGUCCAACUGCCACCUGACAGAGAUGCUGGCCAAGUUCACGGAGCGGGAACACCUGGGGAGGGUGUACUCCUGUGAGUGCUGCAAUGGUCGGCGUCGGAACGCUGCGGCAAAGCCUGAGGUACGCACAGAUGCCACAAAGAGACUGCUGCUGACCAAACUGCCACUGGUACUCCGUCUCCACCUCAAGCGAUUCAGGUGGUGCGGACGGAACCACCGCGAAAAGAUCAAUGUCCAUGUCAACUUUGAAGAGGAGCUCAACAUGCGUCCCUACUGCUACGUCGGCAAAGAGGACGAGAGCAGAUUAACCAACGAGGACUUUGUCUACGACCUGACCAACGUUGUUGUACACCACGGCAGAGGGUUCGGAUCGGGGCAUUACACGGCAUACUGCUGGAAUUCUGUCGGAGGUUUCUGGGUGCAUUGUAACGACGCCCGCUUAGAACUCUGCUCCAUCGAAGAUGUGACCGCCUGCCAGGCAUAUAUCUUGUUCUACACCAAGAGGACUUCCACAGUUGCCCACGUUGGCCAGCCGAGGGACUCGACGACAGAGGAGGAUGAAGUGGACGGCCCCUCACGACCAGUAAGAAAGAGACGUUUCACUUUGUGAGAAAUGGAAAUCAGUUAGAGAGACAGGGUACAAGACCUGGUCAUUAAAGAGUACUGAUAAAUAUGUCCUUGAUGUUACCACUUCAUUUGCAUUACUGCCAGGGUUAUUGAUGACAUUUGAAGGUGUGUUGUUAAUGGUAACCAUACACUCAAAGUAGACAUUCCAAAAUGAAACCAGCCCAAAAAUAAUUCCUUACUUUCGGUCCACGUGUGUUGUAACUUUUGAUCAAAACUGCACAGAACCUGCAAUAGUUAACCUUGCCACUGUUACCAUUCACUGCCCAGUGCAGUGACAGCCCAUCCUAAAUACUGCCCAGGUAACAGUCACCAACAGAAAAAAAUUGAAUGGGAUAGCAGAUUCAUUUUUGACGAUAUGGCGUACAAAAUGGAUAUUUUCCAAUAGAUUAGAUACGUGCGUCUAGAAAUACCUAGGACGUUUCUCUGUUUCAGCAUAUUUAUGUCAACUUUGUAGGCCAUGUGGCUGAUCAGUUCUUUUUAUGGCUUGCAUGAACCCUAAAGGAGCUGUUUUAUUUUAGACCAUCUCACAGCUGGGGGGGUUACACUUCCCCAAAGUACUGUCCCAUGCCUGAUUUAUGUUUUAAGAAAAAAUACCAUUAUUUUGGGAUAUUUCAAGGUGGCGCAAAGUGAGGCUUUCCGGUCGAAAUCAAAGUACUAAAGCAUACUUUGGUAAGCGAGCCAAGCAAAAUUUUUAUCCUGAUUUCUUUUAUGAGUUUGGAGCGGAGUGGGUAUUUUUGUAAUUGAUAUAUCUUGUCCAGAACAUUUCUCAGGAAUAAACAAAAUAUUAUGAUGCCUUCGUGUAUAUACGGUACAUGUAUGUGACAAUCCUAAAAUGAACACGUCAGCAAUUCUGUGUGAUCGACUUGUCAAAACAGUGUGACGACACCGAACACUUGGUGGAAACGUGGGAUGAAAUGUAUUCUCUCACACGGGGAUUCGCUCCAGUGAACAUUAAAUACACCAACUCUGCUAUUAUUUUGUAGCAUAAGCAUUCAAUUUUAUUCCGACUUAUUCGUUUUCCCCUUAAUUAUGACUUUGCAAAGUAGCUUUGUUGGAUAAGUUAACCUCGCGUCCUUAUCCCCCAUUAAUACGGGCGUUUCACUGUAGUGAGCCACCAAGAGUUUGCAACGCGUUGGCCAAUCAAAGUGUGUCGACCCUUUCCAAACGCGCAUUGCCGGUCGACACGUCCGGACGAACGUGCAUUGCGUACAGUGGCCACCGCGUUGCAAACUCUUGACGGCACAUUAUUUGGAAUUACAUUCGAACGCAAAGACUAAUCCUGGCUUCAAUAUACCAAACCUCAUAACUUAAUGAAUUGGGUUCGGCUAAUUCGGUAUGGCUUAUACCACAAUAGGUGCAUCUUAUCUGAUCUAGACUGGCAGGUUGUGAAUGGGUUGUGUUUAUAAAAACUGGAAUUUGCUACUGCUAUUUUCAGCCUUUUUCUCUUAUUCCUACGAAUAGCAAUGAAAGCAAAAGCUUAACUCUUAAAUCCAUUUGCUAAGACCAGAAAAUAUUUACCCCGUACUUUUCUUCUUUCUACAAGACCAUUAGAUUUGUUUGGGAUUAUACCAAUAAAAAGAGGUGGAUGCUUACCA